AUGCCAAAUCCUAGGGCCAAUAGAGAAUGUGUAAUGCACAAUCUCGUGGUUUGUGGUGCUGUUGAUGCGCGAUCUCCCAUCGACGCGGCCAUAUUUUCAGGUUUUAUGGGUACCUCAAUGACCCUCGAACAUGCUGCUGAGGGUGUUGAAAUAACGGUCCUCUCCUGUUUUCCACUGGGUGAACACUUCAAUUUUCUGGAAACUAAGGCUCCUCCAAUAACUAUCAUCAAAUGGGGAGUAUUAGGGCCUAGCCAGACUCCAUUGUUUACAUACUCUAAAACACAAUGGAUAACAAGGUCUAACGAAUGGUUCGAAUAUGUUAACCCAGAAGAUAUCUUUAAAAGAGUCAUAGCCUGGAUACAAGAUAAAGCACAUAGCGUGGCCGAAAAUGAUGUGAUAAACAUAUUUUUCGAGGCACAUGGAACAAUGAAUGGGGAGAUAUGCCUAGGAUCUAAGUACCUCGAAACUUCCAAAGUGGCCGACUUACUCUCGCAAUUCCCCACAAGCUGUCAAGCGAAUGCGGUUGGACGUCAUUGCUACUAUGGACGGUUCCGCAAUGUAAUCAAAGCUGAUGGUCAGAUACCACGACAUGCCAUUGCCGAUUGUGGACCCGUGGAAGCAGUACAUUUUGCUGCCACACGUUCAGUCAGUAACAGAAUCAGGAUGAUCCAUUCCUCGCUCCCCUUCGUUCGGUCUCUGGCCCAAGUUAGUUUCCCAUGGCUGCCUCGACAGGUCCAUCCGCCUGUACCUACGGCUGAACAUGAAACAACUCUAAGGGAGGCAAUACGGAGAAUCACUCCAUCGCUCGCCCGGGAGUGUCAAGCCGAAACUUAUGCUUCCAGUCUAUCACCAGAGAUCAGGGCAUCAGUGGCACUAUUGGAAGAAUUGGUUUUGCGUGAUCAUGUUGAUGUCAUGUUCCUUAAGCAAACAGUCAACAGAAGACGACGCUCAGAGUGGCCUACCCUUGACCUUCAACUAAUGCAGCAAACACGCAGGGUCAUACCUCCAUCUAGUGGCUCUCUAGCUAGGAGAAUCCAGGAGCAUGUCCAUGAAGCUGCUGCCGACUGUGACUUUGAUAAUGCACUGAGGGACGACGGUCCGAUUUUGGGACGACUAGAGUACCCGAACACCCCAUAUGAUGGCAUACUACGAGCCCUUUACUAUAGAGGUAGAGCGCAAUCUGCAGUGUGGGAUUUAUUUCUUAUCCUCUGCGAACAAGGUUUUUUCAAUCUUGAGGCAAGCUUGGAACAGCCAAUAAAUUGCUACUCAACUCCUGAGUCGCUGUGCAACGUGUUGAAUUUACUACUGUGCUUAAAGAGCCGUACGAAGCUGAAGCUUGUGUACCAAAUAAUUCCAACACCAGCUUAA